AUGUUGUCGUAUAAAUUACAAUCGAGAUUACAAUCGCGGUUGAGCAAGGUCCUUGGUAUUUUAUUUAUCCUUGUUAAUAGUUCGCGAGAGUUCUACAAGGUAUAAAAUAUAAGCGAUUUAAAAUUGAAUUUCUUAAGGUUGCCUAAGGCAAAUUCUUAUGUAAACGUUUCUUUUUCUUUUUUCUUUUUUGUUAGAAUUAUUUACUUACGAUAUCGAAUUAGAAUUUAAAUUAUUAAUUUAAGCUCAAGGGUAAUUUAAUCUUUUCUUAAUCAAUAGAAGAUAUCGAUCGAAUGCAGUGACAGAUUCUAGUUAUACAUUAUAGAAGAAUGUUCUUCCAGUCGCCGAAAUAGCUCAGUUGGGAGAGCGUUAGACUGAAGAUCUAAAUGUCCCUGGUUCGAUCCCGGGUUUCGGCAGGCACUUUUUUUUUUUUCAUUUCACCAUAUUACUUCCAGACACAUCCAGAAACUGAAAAAUCACUUUCAACGUCAUUCUUUUAAUUUAUUUCAAAUAUUUUUAAGUGGCAAUAUUGUCGUAGAUUUGUAUAUUUAUUUCUAUGUUUAUUGAUAUUACUGAAUGAUAAGUUCAUAAUACGAAUUUCAUAACCUACCUUUUGAAGAAAUGAUACAAAAAUUAUUUACAUAUAUCUACAUUCGAAUACUUUUACGAGUUUUUAGAAAAAAAAUUAGGUUUUACGCAAAAGUAAUAAACGAUUGAUUGUGGUUGUUCCUUAAGAAGAUGUAAAUGAAAUUAUUUACUCGAGUGUUUGGCAGUCUUCUCGUUAUGACAAAGAAAUAACAAUAGGAAGUAAUACAUUGUAUUUUGUUACAGAAUCAUGCUCAGGAAUAUAUCGAAAAUGGCGUAUCUCGAAGUAAUCCUGUUUUUAUGUAAGUACACGAUCUUCCUCCUGAUUCAAUAUCAGUCCUUUUUUAGUUUACGUUACACAAAUAUUACUUUGGCGUUUCAUUCAAUGUCGAAACACGGGAAACGAAUAUCAUUUUUCCAAUCUUUGUUUCUUUUUCUCUCUUUCACUGUGAUGUGGACGCUUACGUGUGGACUCGGUUUUUCAGGUUCAGUGGUCGCUUUCAUGGUCAGCAAUUGUGAAGCCGAGGUGACUACGAUUGUUAAUUAAACAAUUUCUACCAGAAACGGUGCAAAACAGAGAUAUUAUGAAAACGAGUCACAAAAUAUAUGUCAGAGAAGAUGCAAAAUUACAUUUCUCGUAAAAUGUAGUUAAUUGCCACUUGACAAGUGUCAAACGAGAUCUAACCUAAUUAUUCCAAUUACACUCUGAUCCAGUGGUGGCCUAACCAAACUUUUGUACCCUCCUCUUUUUCUUUCAAGCGAGCUCCGACGCAACACUAAAUUAUUUUAACGGCAAAGCCGUGUUUAUAAAUACAUAUUUAUAAUUUAUAAACAUAUUUAUAAACGUGCAAAUAUGGUAUAAUGGUAAACAUAUUUAUAAAUAGUAAAUAUAUUAAGUAUUAGAGUAAGAUAUUAUUAUUAUUUGUUAGAAUAAUAGUAAUAAAUUUAAAGAUAUUAAUAAAUAGUAAUAAUAGUAAUAAAAUUAAGAUAUUAUUAUUAUUAUUGUCAUUUGUUAGAAUAAUAAUGUAAUGAAUAAAUAAUAAUAAUCAAUUUAGAAAUAUUUAAUAUUUUAUAUUGAAUAUUUACAUAUUUUAAAUAUAUAUUAUUUAUGUAUUUUAUUGUAUAUAUAUAUAUAUAUAUUAUACAUAUUUAUAUACAAUUUUAAUUAUUUAUUAGUGUAAAUAAUAACAACAAUAAUAAUAAUAAUUUAUUACUCAUGUUUAAUAUUUAUAUACAAUUUUAAUUAUUUAUUAGAGUAAAUAAUAAUAGUAAUAGCUUACUCCAAUAUUUUUAUUCUAAAUAACUUGGCUCUAUGCGCCACUAGAAAUCAUGAAAUGCACCAUUAGCGGCACACAGUGGUUGGCCAUCGCUGGUCUAAUGGCCACGUGCCCUGGGAUACUUAAUCACAUUGCUUGAAUUGCUUUCACUUGCAGCCAGAGGCUAGUAACGAGAAGGCAAAUCUGCCGAAACUCUCGUUGGGCUUGUCGAGCAUAGAGGCAUCGAUAGAGAACGAGGAGUCAUUGAGGAGAAUAGUGAAGAGGCUGGCACCGGAGAAGAAUGGCGAGUACCAAAUUUAUCAAGGCGUGACAGGACAGCCGGGUGUGGACUUUCCAGCCCUGACGACGAUCCCAGCCACUUCGUUCAGCUGUCGCGGUCUGAAAGGUGGUUACUACGCGGACUUGGAGACGAAUUGUCAAGUGUUCCACAUUUGCGACAACGGACGAAAGAUCUCGUUCCUCUGCCCGAACGGCACGAUCUUCCAACAGUCGCAGCUGAUUUGCGAUUGGUGGUUCAAGGUGGACUGCAGCAAGUCCACGGAGCUGUACGAGCAAAGUAGCGAGCAACUGUUGGAGGAGGAGCGACGGCGAGCCGAGUCGCGGAAAUCGAGAUUGGAUUAUCAACAGUCGAUCGAGUCUGGCGGUCAGCAGGACUACUACGACGUUCAGAGUCUCAGCUACGACGGCAAGCAGAACGGGAGGAUCAAACCGUACGAGGAGCGAACGCAGGAGAACCAAGUGCAAUCGAACAGAGAGAGGAUCAAAUCCUCCCGAUACUUCGACUCUUCGAAUAACUUCAAUAGCCAAGAGUCGAGCUCGCGAGAGAGGGACGGCGAUCAAACGUCAUUCACCGCGAGUGGGAUUCAACGAAAGCAGCAGCAGUUCAAUCAAUUCGCGUCAAGGAACACAGAGGACGAGGUGAACGUGAACAGGCAUUCGACGACGAGCGGCAGUCAGCAGUCAGAUUACUACAGCACACCGAAGAAAGCUCAGACUUACCACGUCACCAACAGAAACUCGAACAGCCAACGAGACGACAAGGGCGCUUUGAAGAGGUUGAAGUUCAAAGGCCAGAGCAGAGGUAACCUCACGUCGCAGAGAGUCACGCCAGCUUACACAGAGUCGACGACGUUCAGGGGAGGCAACACCAGCCCCGUGAAGGAGUCGCAGCAGUUCGCGGAGAGCGCCGCGUUCGUUAGUAAUCGUGGCAAUCGGUUCAACGAGAACACCGGUAACACGCAUCAGUAUUACUAUCAAUUGUACAUCAAUCGCGAUCCAACUACGAGGAGUCCUGCCUAUGACUCGACCACGACCACGACCACGUGGAGACGGGGGAACAACGAGAACGACGUGUCCACGCAGAGGAACGACUACUCGUUCUUCACGGACACGGGGUCCACUUAUUACGAGACGACCACGCAAUAUUCGACUCCUGAACCGUGCAACGACGAGCUCACGACGGACAAUAGUCCCCCGAGCCAUACGUCUACCUACGUCGAUACUCAACCGACCACUGAAUCACUUCUGUUUGCCAAUAGUAACUACGAGUACCGUGGAAGCCUGAGGACCACCGGGACUAACCUUCGGAGCAGUUUCGUUAAUAAGAGUUAUUACAACAGUAAUAACAAUAGUAACAGGGAGAGCAGCAGAGCGACUGUCGCGAGUAACGCAGGAACGAUUCCGCCAACGACUCGUUCCUACGUGACCACGGACGCCUAUCGUCAGAACACCAUCACCCCGAGCACUUCCUCGCAGCAAAGGUACACCGCGAACUAUGUUUCUGGCACGCCGACCGCAUCCUUUCGCGGCAGCAACAGCUUUGGACGCAGUACGGAGAAACCAACAACGACCCGAGCGACUACGACCGACGCGUUGAAACUGACCAGCAAGAGUCCAGUCACAGUCUCGCCGGGUUAUCGGCAAAAUUCGAUCGGCACGAUCGCCGAUAGCGGCCAGUCGAAGAGAUUGAACGUUGACACGAAACUGACCAGCAAAAAUCCAAGCACAGUCUCGCCGGUAGUCUAUCGGCAGAACUCGAUCACCACGAGCACGGAGAAGCCUUCUCGAAGCACGGCGGCUUAUCAACCGAACACCGUCACCGAGAAAGAUUUGAGUCCCUACGACAGAAGCUUCACGUACAAACAGGGCAAAGUGAUGUCCACCCUGGGUCCUUACGUGCCGUUUACGAGGAACUACGCGCAGCAAACGUCCAGCGGUGCUGCGAAGCCGACUCCGUACACGGCCACGGUGCCCACUUUCACGACGAGUUACAGCUCUUCGGGGACGAGGGCUGUGACGCCGAAGUUGAAAUAUCCCACGCCAACGUCGUUGGGUAAGAUCAAGUCGAGGGUUUCCGAGAGGGAGCACGCGCUGAGUAUGCUGCACUCUCUGAAGAGUCUCGAGCACACGGUGCCGAGUUUGUCAGACGUGUUUAGGGGGAACGAGAGAGUGUCGAACGUUUCCGCUCCUCCGGCUGCUUCGACGUUGCACUCCUUGGCGCUCUAUUUCUCCACGGCCACGGAGAACUUCGAUUCGAACGAAACGACGGACUCGUCGGUCAGCGUGGAGUCGGUUAACGCGGAGGCACUGUCGAAGAGGAGCAACGGGACGGUCCAGGUGCCGACCAGUCUUUUAACUAGGCACACCGUCGACUCAUACGCGAAACUGUUCAAGCUGAGCAACGAUGAUGUGGAGACGAACAACGUGACGACGGAGGAUCGCUCGGACAAUUCCUCCAGCGAGGAUGACAGCUCGGAGGACGAUUUGGAGCUUCAACAAAGCGGCGGCUCGUUGGACGAUCUUCGAAGGUCGAACAGCACCAGGCUGCGAGAGUUGGCCCAGGUGUUCACGCACGCUCUGUCCGCUUACUUGUUGGACCCGGACUCGUUCAAGAGGGUGCUGACAGAGAUCAGACCGACCGAGCCGUCGAGAACCACGGAGGAGAGCGGGGAUUCGUGGAGGACUACAACUCUGUAUCCGACAACCGGAGAAGACGAGGAGAACACCUCCUCGACCAAGGAGAAGGACGAGGUCUUAGACUUCUCUGACGAUGGCAACGACGUCAGACAGAAAUUAACCACCGUUUAUCCCACCACCUACGAACCGCCCACCACCACCGUUCAAGAAAGCGUCUACGACACGCUCAGUACGUUACCGAGCACUUACUACGUUACAACUCCCAGAGUGUCUUCAUCUCAAGACGCGCUCGAGUACAGUACGAACCCUGUGACGAACGCGUACCUCGAGACCUCCGAGCCUCCCACGGAGAGCACGUCCACGUUGGAGCCGAACAGCACGCCGUACGCGAGUUUCGACAGUCAGACUAACGAGGUUACGAACGAUCCGUUUGACCUGGACACUGGGAACCAGAGCCGCGUCGGGGGUUUCCAGAACAACAGCGUUACAACUGUCGCGGAGCCGGUUGAAAAGUUACUCGUCACCACCCCCAUAAGCGACAAUUACGUAGUCUCACCGAUACCAUUCUCCCCGUCCAUGUUCGUGCACAUGGCCACCUACAACUGGAACAAAAAGUCGACGAGCAAGAAGCCCGAGCAGCAGCUCACACCUCCGUUCUUCGACAAUCACUUGGAGGCAGUCCGAAAGGCCUCCUCUUCGAGAGUUACUGCUGAGAGUUACUCCAGUACCCCCAUGUCCACCACUCUGGAUCCAUUCUCGGGCAAGAGCUACGGAACGUCGACUCGUGAGAGCUCGCAAAAGAACGCUCGUCACAGGUUGUUAGUCGAGUCGAAGGAACCGAAAUCUGGAUUCUCGCUGCCGACGUUACGAAGCAGUUACACCAAGUUCCGCGACCUUUACAAUCGCAUAACGGACGAGCGUGACGUGGAAGCUACGACCACGACAGCGCCCGUCACCGAGUCGACCACGACGAACAGCGUGGACACCACACCCUGCGCGGAUGACGAUUCUUCCGAGUCUGUGGACCAGAGGGAAGACACGAAGAUCGAUCUAGAGAACGAUCACUGGACUUCGUCACCGGCUGUCACCCACUUGUGGGAGACCUCGGUGUUCGUCGACCCUCAGAGGAUCAAUCACGACUUGGAGUCGGAUCUUGCACCUUCCACCGUUACGACAGGCACGUUCGGGCGCACGCUUGAUAGCGGAGAAAGAGAGGAGUACGAGAACACGCCUUCCUUAGGCGAAGACGUGUCGAGCAGCUCGGAGGAAUCGUUCGUCAGCGAGGAGGAAGACGCGCCAUUCUCGUCGCAGAGACUCUCCAGGGACAAGGACUCGCCUACGACGUUCUCUCUGCUCCCGACGUCGUUCACCUCGUCCACCGUCGACAACGCUAUCACGUCAAAGCCGUUGAUAACUACUCGCAGCAGUAGUAUCACCACGACCAUAACGUCCUCCAUAACGUCCUCUUCGACGAACUCGGAUACACCCGUGGGUUACACUUCGUUGCUACCCUACACGGGCGUAGCUGCGAGUAAAUCGAACGGGACUGAAGGCGAGAUCGCGGAGAGACUGUUCGGCAAAUUGAACGCCUCGAGCACGGACGCGUUGAUGAGGGUGAUGAAACAGGUGGACAACAACGAGACUGUUCGACAGCUCGUGUUGCUCUUGAUACGACACUGCAGGGACCCGGCGAACAACACGCUUCAACGCGAGAGGGAGGAGCUGUUGAACGCGUUGCUUCGACUUCCAGUCAACGAGUUCUCGUCGCAGGAGUCGAGGAACGCGGUGGCCGGGAUCAAUCAGCUCGGUUUGUCCAAUCGCGCGAGCAGUGCCUCCACGACUCCUUCAACACCAUUGGUGCUCACCGAUCCGCCGGUCACCACGUUCAGGAGUAGAAAGAGCCGGAGAUUUCGCACCACCACGGAGAACUCGGCGAGCAUCGUCAGACGAUCGGAAAUGACCGCGACAUCCACCGACGAAAAUAAUCCUCCGCUGGGCGGCGAGACAACGUCCGCGUCCGACAACAGGGCCCUGGAACUUCUCAGAUCGUUGUACACGAUAGCUACCAAAUGGGGGUGA